GACGAGCAACUAUUUUUAAUCUUUUCGUUUCGAUUUUCUAAACACACAUUUUAGAUCAGGCCUGCAAAAAGUUCUGGAAUAGUUUUGUUUAUAUAAGUGUUCGGGCUAAUUACGCUUCGAAAUGUCGCUGCUUCGACUGUCACGUUUGUCUCUCAACCAAGGAGCUGAAUGUAGCUUGAUAGCUAUCGGUAGGUUCCACACCGGGCGAUCGGUUUCAGCGCCUCCACAUAACAGCGGAGAUAGGCCCCCGGUUGUUCCUAUGAUUGAUUUGGAAGAUAAAUCUCUCCCAAUUCCAAUCUACAAACAGAAACAAAAUGAACCACUUCAACUGCAAAAGUCUAGAUUGCUGUACCAAUCCCGCAAACGUGGAAUGCUCGAAAAUGGGCUUUUGCUGAGCACUUUUGCAGCAAAAUAUCUUGCAACGAUGGACGCAAAGCAAACGAAACUGUACGACAACCUGAUUAACAUGCCCACCAAUGACUGGGACAUAUUCUACUGGGCAACGGGGGUCAAGCCAACUCCCAGGGAGUAUGAUAACGAAAUUAUGAAUCUUUUGAAGGAACACGUGAAGAAUGCCGAACGAGAAAAGCGAAUUCAGCAACCUAAUUUGUAUUGAAUAAGAAUGGUGGAUGGAAAAAAAAUUUAGUACCUAUUACGAGGGUUUCACAAAACCCUUUGGAAGAACGAUUUGCAAAAAAAAAUUCUGUUCAUGCGGAAAUAGUCCAAAUAUAAAAAACGCAGAAAAUGAAUAGUAUUUCCUUAAGUUUUUUUUCUAUACGCUAAAUUUAUUAAACGGAACGUUCUCGAUCAGCUUCUGAAACAUAAUUUGGAUAGAAAGUAGAAUGGAUAGAAAUGUUUAAUUUUUUUUUCAGUACAUCUGUUAUUUUCCAAGAGAUUUGUCAUCGAAUGUUUGGCGUUCUCAUUACUUUGUUAUAAAGUGAUAGUUUUUAAUAAAUCUUUAAAUAAACCA